AUGUGGACCAUCAGUGCCCUUCUAGUGACAGUGACAGUUCUGAUAUCCUCAACCGCCUCAGAAGAUCAGAAGCCAAUAGUGAUAAGUGACAGGAGCGACUACAAGCGAUCCAUUGCCAAAGACUGUGACAAAUCCUACUCAACUACCUGCCUGAAGUUGGACAUAGUCUCCUGGGUGGACAAGCUCAACGAAGACGACAACUACAGCAUCUUCAGAGGUGUUACCAUAGUACGAGAUAACGCCACUGCUAGAUCCAGCACAGCAGACAUAGUAGCAGACUUAGCCAGGGAGUUUCCUAACGAUCCAGAUGCUAGACUAGAUGCGUUCUUGCUGAAGAAGAUCCAAGGGUUUCUCAGCAGCCACUCCAUUAAGGUCCAUCUUGAGCAAGAAGAUGCUGCUUCUGCUCGGAAAGGAGGUGGAGGAGGUUUUGGAGGUGGUGGCAAGAAAGGAGAUGGAGGUAUGGGGAUGCUGCUAGCUGCUGGUGCGAUGAUGAAGGGUACCCUGAUGGCCUUGGCUCUAGGAGCUUUGGCAGCUCUGGCUGGUAAAGCUCUUAUGACAGGAUUGAUAUCGCUGCUACUUUCUGCUAUCAUUGGGUUGAAGUCGCUUUCUGGAGGAGGUGGUAAGACUACUUAUGAGGUGGUGUCUAAGCCUGUGUACACGCAUUCGAAUUCGCAUUCGUCUUCGCACGAGGAUUACCAUCAUGGAGGUGGUCAUUCUGGGUAUGGAAGGAGUUUCGAUAUGCCGUUGCCACUUGGGUUGCAGCCAGAGUACAAGCCUGAAUAG